AGGCCUCCUUCCGCCUUGGAUCCAGGUGCCCGCCUCCCUGGGAGGAAGUGGGGUGGGCACAAAGGCCUGGUUCCAGCCUGAUGCUGAUGUCUCUUGACAGCUGCCGCCCAGGCUGGCCCAGCAAGGGGAGGGGACCUGAUUUAAAGCACCCGCUGCUGCCCCAGCUGCCUGGGAGUCGUGAGCGGAAAGCCGCAGCAGGGUUUUCAUCCCCCUCCUGUCCUCUCGGGACGGCCACCCAGAAAUCGGAGCUAUCUUUCCCCCCAGACCUAGGCCAACCAUGCGCUUUGGACGACUGACCCCCGGCUAUUUUCGAAUGCUAGAGAUGCAAGUGGCUGGGGAGCUGGCGGCAGAACCCCGGAACAAGCUGGUGGGUGCUCUGGCCACACUGCUGGCUGUGUUCGGCCUGGGUCUCUCCUUCUACAGUGUCCGGCAGCUGGCGGAUCAAGGAAAGUCCCCAAAGACCCCAUGACAGGACAGGCAGCCCCUGGAAGUCUGGGAGCCAGUAUCCACCUCACCCCAAAUCCAGAGGAAGACCUCUUCCUGCCUUUUCUACCACUUUCUGUCCCCUUACCCAUUGGACAGCACGCCCCAGCAAGCUGGGAGGCCAAGGGAGAAAGGAUGGGGUAUCGGGAGCACCCAUGCCUACCUAGUCUGGAGAAGUGGGAGCCCUGAUGGAAUAAAUCUGGAAACCUACAAGGUGCAGAGAGAAGACGUGCCGUAACUGGGGCUCUGUCUGGUGACGUGCGUCCAUAGCAAAGGGAUCGGGAGGGAAGGGCUCCCUUCACCCAAAGGUUCGGCAUGUGGCAGGGUCC